GACGCAAAGUUUAGACACGUCCGGGUAGACAGACAACUUUAGGCUAGCUAUAUAUUUUAGGAUUUCAUUACGCGUUUAAGUUUAUCCAUUCCGACUUCAUAACCAGACAUUGCAUUUAGAUUUAUUGUUUAUCCUAAACCAACUGUCAGCAUAUAACUGAGGAUGAACAUGUUUUCCCACGAGUUAUUCGUCUCCUUCCUCGCGGUUACCUGUCUGUUUAGUAUACCCAGAGCGUCUUCGGCGGCAUGUGAGCCCAUUCGGAUCCCUCUGUGCAAGUCCAUGCCCUGGAACAUGACGAAAAUGCCCAACCACCUCCACCACAGCACCCAGGCCAACGCAGUCCUGGCUAUUGAGCAGUUUGAAGGGCUUCUUGGCACCCAGUGUAGUACAGAUUUACUGUUCUUUCUGUGCGCCAUGUACGCCCCAAUAUGCACGAUUGACUUCCAACACGACCCUAUCAAGCCCUGCAAGUCGGUGUGUGAGCGUGCGAAAUGCGGCUGUGAACCUGUGAUGAAACGGUAUAAUCACACCUGGCCAGAGAGCUUGGCCUGCGAGGAUCUGCCAGUCUACGACCGGGGAGUCUGUAUCUCACCUGAGGCCAUUGUAAAAGCAGAAGGACCAGACAACCCUUACUAUCAGGACCCCACAAAAUGCUCACCUGAAUCAACUCCUGACUUUCCAAGUGAUUCUCACAAUGUCAACUGUAAAGGAGCCAACAAUGAUCGUUGCAAGUGCAAGUCAGUUAAACUGGGUCUCAAGACCUACCUAAAGAAUAAUUACAACUAUGUGAUUCGUGCAAGGGUGAAGGAGAUCAAAAACAGGAAUCAUGACUUGAGUGCAAUCGUGGAGGUCAAAGACAUCCUGAAGUCUUCCUUUGUUAACAUCCCUCGUGAUACCGUCACACUGCACUACAACUCUGGCUGUCCCUGUCCUCCUCUCACCGCCAACGACGAGUACAUCAUCAUGGGUUAUGAGAAUGAGGAGAGGUCCAGGCUUCUGCUCAUCGAAGGCUCCAUUGCACAGAAGUGGAAGGACCGUAUGGGGAGGAAGGUGAGGCGUUGGGACCAGGUACUGAGGGACCAAAGCCGGGGAAACUCUGGCAGAAGCAAUAUGCGGAGGACCCGCCACUGAUCAACCAAGGCACGUCCCUGUGCAGUGAUGACAGGGUUGCAAAAUUCCUCUAACUUCCCAGGUUUUCUAGAAAUCUUGGUUUGAAGAUUUUGGGAAUCAUGAGGAAAUAAGCAGGAAAUCUGCAGUCGUUAAACCAGGAUUUAUGGAAAACCUGGGAAUUUGAGGAAAGUUACAGAAAUUUUGCAGCCCCAAGGGAUGACAUAUGGGACAACAUAUGGAGACAAGAUAGAAAGAAAAGUGUUUGCAGACAGAAAACUGAGAAAUUGCACUAUUGCACGUUUAUUUUUUAACCAUUGUCACAAUUUAGAUAAGUCAUAG